AAAUGCGUAUGAUGAAGCGGAAAAGGUUAAUCACAAUAAUCUACAAGGAUACAUUCAAUUAGUAUCAAUGUUUCCUUGCGACUGGAACGGUACGAUAUGGAAGAUGUACCAGACUAUGAAACAAGUUCCGAAAGUGAAAGUGAAGAGGCGAUCACGAAAAGGAGGAAGAAGGUAGACAAGCAAUGGGAAAUGGAAAAAGUGUUCGAGAAUAAGGCGUCUGCAGUAGCUGCAGUUCAGAUGGAGCAGGUGUGGAGUUUUACUUAUAAAAAUGUGGACACAGAAGGAAAUGUAAGUGAAAUUUUUCGAUGUAACAAAGUAAAAAAAAGAGCGGAGCAAUGCGCUGCAGGUGUGUACCUACAUUAUCCCUCUACUACAAGUGAGGUCCAUUUAUACCGAUCUCAACUAGCCCAUACGUGUAAUGUAAUUGUUACAAGAGUAAAAAGUAAAAUAUCCAAUGAGGUAAAAGAGGAAAUCAAGUCUCUCUUUAAUUUUGAUUCAAAAAUAAAACCAAAAAAGGUUCUUGAUAUAUUAAUUAAAAAGCAAAUUGCAUUACCAAGUAAGACUCAGCUCAAUAAUUACUUGUCUUCAUUAAGAAAAGUAAAAUAUGGAUCCAAUGUUAUGAGUCUUGGCGAAUUGGAAAAUUUUUGUUUAGAAAAUGCAAAAGUUCCUGAUGAUGUUGAUGCGGCGUUUGUUGUUUCCUACCAAGUGGGAUAUGAAGAACAGCCGUUCUUUCGAUUUUUUGUUUCCACUAAAAACUUGUUGAAAUUGUCCUGUGACGCUCACCACAUACAUGCUGAUGCGACAUAUAAAUUGGUGUGGCAAGGUUUCCCUGUAUUAUUAUUGGGAACUACAGAUCGAGACCGAAUAUUUCAUAUUUUUGGGCUAGCGGUUUGCAGCAAAGAACAAACCGAAAAGUUUGUAUUUUUGUUUAAAGCAAUAAAAUCUGCCGACCAGGAUAUAUUUCAAAAGUCAAUUUGCCCAAAAUACCUCGUUUGUGAUUCCGCUAAAAGCAUCCAGAAUGCCUUCAUAAAUGUAUUUGGAUCGGAUGUUACUAUCAUAAUGUGUUAGGCACAUAUGAAAAAAUGUGUCCAAAAGAAAGCCGAACAGGUUGUGCAUCCGAAGGAGAAACGUAAUGAAAUAUUAAAAGAUAUUGACUUAUUGCAACUGAGCAAUAGUAAGCAUGUUUUUGAGAAGGCGUCUCAUCAGUUUAUUGCAAAAUGGGAGGGCGAACAACAACAAUUUAUAGAAUAUUUCCAACACGAAUGGUUAGACAGUAAUCCAA